AUGCCACUACUUGUCCAGUUGGGGGCGUCUGUGACGUUGCCCUGCUCUGUGGAUACUCCAAUACCUCUGCAUGAGCUGGAGGUGCAGUGGAUGAGGGAUUCUGGAAGCCUGGUGCAUCUGUUCCUGGGAGGAGAGAGUCGGCCAGAAUCACAGAGCCCAGCGUACAGCGGCAGGGCCGAGUUUUUCACUGAAGAAAUCUCCAAAGGAAACUUCUCUCUGCUGCUUAGGAAUGUAACCACCAAAGACAGAGAGAUGUACAAGUGUAUAGUUCACACUGAACACGAGUCUAGUGAAACAAAUGUGACAAUAGAUACUGAACGGCUGGUGGUGACUGGUGCAGACGUGCCUGUAUUUGCAUAUGCUGGUGAAGAUGUGAUUCUGAACUGCUCAGUGGACACCCAUGUUCCUCUCGGAGAGUUAGAAGUAGAGUGGAUGAAGACAAAUGAAGAAAUCCUGGUGCUGCUGUUUAUGGAGGGGCGGUACAGACCGGAGUCACAGCGUGAGAGAUUCAGAGGGCGUGCUGAGUUCUUCAUUGAGGAGAUUCCCAAAGGCAACUUCUCAAUGAAACUGAGGGAUGUAAAAACUGAAGACAGAGGGGAAUUCAUGUGCAUAGUCCAUACAGACAGAGAAUCAGUCAAUGCAACGGCAUACGUACAAGAACCGGGACGCUUCACCAUGGAACGGCUGGUGGUGACUGGUGCAGACGUGCCUGUAUUUGCAUAUGCUGGUGAAGAUGUGAUUCUGAGCUGCUCAGUGGACACCCAUGUUCCUCUCGGAGAGUUAGAAGUAGAGUGGAUGAAGACAAAUGAAGAAAUCCAGGUGCUGCUGUUUAUGGAGGGGCGGUACAGACCGGAGUCACAGCGUGAGAGAUUCAGAGGGCGUGCUGAGUUCUUCAGUGAGGAGAUUCCCAAAGGCAACUUCUCAAUGAAACUGAGGGAUGUAAAAACUGAAGACAGAGGGGAAUUCAUGUGCAUAGUCCAUACAGACAGAGAAUCAGUCAAUGCAACGGUAUACGUCCAAGAACCGGGUAAGGAAUGUGAUCACAUACUAAAUAAUGUCAGCCAUCCAUAA